AUGGACGACGAGCGCUUGUCCAGCGUGGACCAGUUCCUGCGGGAGAAUGGCUUCAGUCUCUCCGACUCGGCGCUAGCGAUCGCGUCACUGAGUGACGAUGAGCUCCUGGACGAUGAAGACUUCCUGCUCAGUGUACCGGCGCCGUCUGGACGCAGUGAUAGCAGCAGCAGUAGACGCAGUAGCAGCGCCACGGACCCGCCGCGUUUCGUGCUCUUGGAAGACGAGAGUUUGCUGCAGGAGCGACAAAACGACGAGCGGUUGAGUGGAGACAGGACGAGUGAACGACCGGAGGAUGCAGUGGGGGCGGGAGCUGGAUGGCCCGACCGGGAGGGACAAGUGGAAGAGGGCUCGCUGAUUGAUUUGAGUGGUCUAGAGCGCUCGCGCCUCUCGCUUUCGAGUGCAUCGAUGGAUCUUGUGGACAGCAGAGAUCAGGAACAAGCACGGGGUUCGAGACUGCCGUCGUCGGUGGUCUCGUCGCUGUCGUCGCAGCGGAACGAGGACGUGGCUGGAGCAGUGGAUCGGGUGCUGGAUGAUGAGUUGAACAACGCGCUGGGAGUGCCUGGUGCUGAGGUUGUGACUGGUGCAGAGAGACUGAGCUUGUCGUCAAGAAGGUCGAGAGAAGAGGAUGGAGGGGAGAGUGCAGCAGUGGGUGGUAGGGACGGGUCUUUGGAGUACUCGCGGAUGCUGGAAAGGGGGCGGUCUUUGUGUACGGAGAAUGGGGACGACGGUGGGCACGCAGUCAAGAGGAGCGAUGUUGGUGGACGUAUGGGGGGAUUGGCAUCAUAUUCUGGGGAUGCAAGGAGCAGAUACCGAAGGAAUUGGAGAUCGUCAGGUUUUGGAGAUGUUGAAGAGAAGAGCGAAAUAGAUGAGGAGUUGAAUGUUAGGUACAGGGAUGCUAAAAGUGAGGAAUGUCGCGAGCAUCGAGACGCAGUUGGAACGGAUGAAGGUGCUUGGAACGGACUAAAUGAUUUGCUGCGAAAGAAUGGACUGCCGGCUCUUCGGUUUCGUCGUGCUGAGUCGGAGGUAGUCCCAGAGCAGGGUUCACUGUUCAGCGUCAUUCACGACUUCGGCGUGCAGCUGGCACGCAAGAACGAGACGAUCGAGGAUUUAUUGUUGUCAUCCCAACGUAAUUCUAGACUUCGAAGCAGGUGGGAAAGGGAGCUUCAGACUAUGGUCAAGAAGAAUGAAGUGGCGCAAAAGGCUUUGGAAAAAGCGCAAGCGGAGAUUCAGCGCCUAAAGACUUCGCAGAAGAAGGAAAGUGAAAGCACCGAGCUCCUGUCUCGGAAGCUGAAAAGUUCGUGUCUUCGUUUACAACAGCAGCUCAAGGUCAGCGAACACCGCGUCAAAGCGAAGGAGGUUGUUGUCCAGAAGAUGCAGACCAAACUUCAACAACAAGCAGAUAGAGAGACUUUGAAGAAGGCGCGGGACCGACACGUUUUCCGUGAUCUGCAGGACCGUGACCCACGACGUGCGAACCCGCGUGACAUCCAGACGCUUGAGACAAUAGGUGUGUAUGAAGCGCAGCGUGAGCAAAUGCAGGAAGAAAUUGACCACCUGAAGUUACAGGUUACCGCGCUCAAUAGCGAGCUCCGUGAUAAAGAUAAUUGUAUCGUGCGACAGUCAAGUGCGUUCCUGAAACGAGGCGAACCUGCAGUGUGGGAGCUGGGCUUCGAUGAGAGCUGUACAGGCCAGCUUUCUGGCGUCACGUCUCGACUUCAAGACCUGCAACAUCGAUCGUCAUCUGUCGCUUCGGACGACGUUAUGCUGGAGGUGCUUGAGGCUGCACGGUGUGAGCAAGAAUUAGCUGCAGCAAAGUUGCGUCGUCGCGAGGCCGUGAUGAUGAAGAAGGUUGCUAUGAUUGAACGAGAAUUGGUUGCGGCUCGCGAGACUAUUAGCGAACUGAAAGAUGAGAAGGCCAAUCGGGUGUUUGAGUCAGAGUCACGUAUUCGUGACAACCGCACUAGCCAGCGUCGCAUCGACCACUUGGAGCGGCAGGUUGUAGACGAUGAAGUCGCGCUGGACGGCGCUAGUGAACUUGAUGGACUUCGAGAGGAUUCGGGGGCAAAAGAGCGUACGGGGCAUGACCGCUUGAAUCACCGAUCGCAACUUAAUCGACUUGACAAGCUUUCGCGUGAGACAGUAGUGGAGGUUGUGAAGCACGUUUGUCGUGUGCUUCACUUGUCUGACAUAACUCUCAUUGUGCCGAGCAUCGAGAAGCUCUGCAAUGUCGUUGCGGCAGUCCCGCGUAUGGAAAAGUUUAUCCGCGACGUUUGUGGGUUCGUUUUGUUGCAUGAUGAGACAACAGGCCAAUACAGCGCCACAUCCGAGUUGGAACAAGUUCUCCCGACAUUACACUUGUGGGCGGAGGAGCGACAAAACCUGUGUGCUUUGGAAAAGUUCAAGACGUCGAUAAUGACUGAGCUAAGCCGGCGGAUCACCGAAUCAGGUGUUCGUAACGAUGAGAAGGAUAGCAGCCGCGUCGAGGACGCUCCCAAUUACCCGACGAUCUUGUCACGCGCUGUCCGUGCUGUUUCAGAGCUGGUGGAGCUUGAAAAAGGUGUUAUACAUCACCGGGAUAUGUAUACACUUGCUGCUGAAGAAGUGGAGCGUCGUCCAAAUGAUUUGGUCAAUCCGAUUGUGAGGCAUUUCGCCUACCUUUUUCAAGUCAGAAAUAUCGAUGGCAUACUUCCCAAAAUGAAUGAAACGUAUUUGAUGGUGAAUGAAAUGAAGAAUUUUGUGCACGCUAUACGCGGCAUUCUUCGCCUGAAGAAAGAUUCGUCAUUGGUGUACUGCUUAGAUAUCAUCAAGGAACUACUGCAGGAGAGCGUGGCAGAUGCAAUGCGUGUGCGUGCAGAGGAACCAAAUGAUGGCAACACAGAGGAGAACCACGUCUUUGAUGGCUGCAGCCUGAACUUCGUCGUCGAGAAGUGUCGGUCGAGCGCGCGCGGUGGAAAUUCUGAGACGAACUUAGCAGGCGUCCAAGAAGUACGAGAGAUGAGUGUGUUGAUCCGAGAGCUUAGACGUGAGCUAGGGGCAACCACAAUGGAUGACAUCCUGCCAAGAACGAAGUGUUUGAUGGAACUAUUGAGUCUGUCCAUUUAUAAUGCUGGGGAGUAG